AUGGCAACAACUUUAAUGGUCACCGGUUCAAUGGUGGAUUUCAUUCUAAUAUAUGGUAAUCACAAUGGAAAUAAUGGCCGUCACAAUGGGAAGAAUGGACACCACAAUGGAAACAACGGCCAGCACCGUAACAACUCAGGAGACUUGUCCCACAUCACCUGCUACAAGUGCAAGAAGACUGGAGACUUUGCGGAUAAAUGCACAAAGAAAAGGCCUGAUGAAGUUACCAAACCCAAUUCAUUCCAGAAGGGGCAGGCGAAUCACCUCAAUUUGGAAGAAGUGAUGAAUGAACCAUACGCCGUGAUGGGAUUUCUUGGACACAUUAUAUCCGAGGAAGGAAUUGCUGUAGACCCCUCCAAGGUAGCAGCAGUGACAGAAUGGGAACCACCCAAGAAUGUCGGAGAAAUUCGCAGUUUCUUAGGAUCGGCAGGCUACUACAGGAGAUUCAUCGAGAAUUUCUCCAAGAUUGCAAAACCAAUGACCGAGUUGCUGAAGAAAGAGAAGAAGUUUGCUUGGACUGAAGCAUGUGAAGCCAGCUUUCAAGAAUUGAAGAAGAGAUUAGUGUCAGCACCAAUUCUGUGUUUACCCGACCUGGAGAAGGGAUUUCAAGUCUACUGUGAUGCUUCUCAUCAAGGGAUUGGAAGUGUGUUGAUGCAGGAAGGCAAGGUAGAAGCUUAUGCUUCCAGGAUAAAAGAAACCCAGAAAGGAGACGAAGAUAUAGAGAAUAUAAAUGAAAACAUGAAGGAGGAUAAAGCAAAAGGUUUUAGUGAAGAUGAGCAGGGUACCAUUUGGUUUGGAAAGCGAAUUUGCGUAGCCAAUGACUCUGAACUUAGGAAGCUGAUAUUCCAGGAAGCUCAUGAGACACCAUACUCCAUCCACCCUGGCAACACUAAGAUGUACAUGUAUUUGAAGGAGAGAUUCUAG